ACUAGAUACUUUCGGUCAUUUUCCACAUAUUUAUCCCCAUGUAUCACGAGCGACAACACGAGAGUCCAAGACUGCAGGUCCGUACCAAGAUGUACAACGGUCUGCAGGGAAGAUCAAUUAUCCUGAUUCAGCUACCUCCUGUCGGUUUAAAUCUAGAACUGGUUUGGCUUCAACUUAGGAUUUGACAUUAAAUUAUGUCUACAUCCCUUUAUCCAGUUAAUAAUAAGAGAUGUGUGAAUGGAACUAGAGAUGCAAGACCUAAAAGGAUGCAGGAGGGUGCGCUCCGAGGUCUGGGCCGCUUCGUCUGGGAGGUUUAAAAGAGCAACGAUUCCCAGGUGUAAAUUUUCUUUUCUUAGGCAUAUUCUUCACGAAAGAUAUCACUCUCCCUACUCAAGAUGAAGGUCUCCUCAACUUCUCUGGCGGCUUUGCUUGCCUACACCGCCAAUGCCUCGUACACCAAUUCUACUCCACUGUACAAAGAUCCAAAUGCAAGUGUGGAUGACAGAGUUUCAGACUUGCUGUCUCGAAUGACCAUUCAAGAUAAAACCGCACAAUUGAUCCAGGGCGAUAUUUCGAAUUGGCGUAAUAUGACGGAUGGCAGCUUUAAUGCAAGCGGCUUAGCAUGGAAUAUGGCUACUCGAGCUGGUCAAUUCUACGUCGGUUAUCCAGUUGCGCAACAGCUGAUUGCGGAUGGAAUCAGGCAAGCGCAAGAUUAUCUUAUGCAUAAUACCACAUUAGGAAUACCAGCUUUGGUUCAAAGUGAAGGUAUUCACGGUUUCUUGAUUGAAAAUGCAACUAUCUUCAAUUCUCCAAUUGGACACGCUUGCUCUUGGAAUCCGGAUCUAAUUCAGAAGAUGGGAGCAGCCAUUGCACAGGAGUCACUGGCGCUUGGUGUAAACCAAAUAUUUGGGCCUUUGGGUGACUUGGCCCGUGAAUUGAGAUACGGCAGAGUUGAAGAGACUUUUGGUGAGGACGGUUAUUUGGCAGGCGAGAUAGGAUAUGCUUAUGUUAAAGGUACGUCAAACAAGAUGCCCAUUUAUGAAUCUGAUUCUAAUCGAAAUAGGUCUCCAAGCUGGAAAUGUCAGCUCGACAGUCAAACAUUUUGCAGCGUAUGGAACUCCCGAACAAGGGUUGAACACUGGCCCACAACAUGGCGGAGAGAGAGAACUUCGAACUACCUAUCUACCAUCAUACAAGCGCAUUAUCAUGGAUGCUGAUGCAUGGUCUAUUAUGUCAGCUUAUCAUUCAUAUGAUGGUGUCGCGCUCGUAGCCAGUCACCAUAUUCUUACGGAAAUUCUCAGAGAAGAAUGGGGCUACAAGUAUUGGGUGACUAGCGAUGCCGGUGCUACAGAUCGUCUUUGCGAUGCCUUCAAGAUGUGCCGAUCUAAAGGUAAUGGACUACCUAUCGAUUCAGAAGCAGUAACCAUGUUUGUAAGUGAUAACCGAACAUAUCUCAUCAAAAACUCUGCUAACUAAUUUCAGACACUUCCUGCAGGAAACGAUGUCGAGAUGGGUGGCGGCUCCUAUAACUUCGAGAAAAUCCCAGAACUUGUGGAAUCUGGAGUCUUAGAUCUCGAAAUUGUUGACACCGCUGUAUCGCGUCUUCUCCGUGCCAAGUUCACCCAGGGUCUUUUUGAAAACCCUUAUCUUGCAGUGCCAGCUGACGAGACCGCAUCUUUGAUCCAUACUCCAGCAACCAUUGCUCUAGCUCGAGAACUAGACGCUGAUUCAAUUGUUUUGUUGGAAAAUGGUCAAGGUGUCCUCCCUCUUUCAAAAACAGCGAAUGUGGCUGUGAUUGGACCUAUGGCGCAUGGAUUCAUGAACGUGAGUUUUGCAAAAAGUCAUUGCUAUAUAAUGCAUCUAACACUUUUUAGUAUGGUGACUACGUCGUCAAUGGAAGCAUGUACCGUGGAGUAACUCCAUUAGAUGGUAUAAAAGCUGCCAGUUCAGGAAGUAAGAUUUUGUUUCCCGAACAAAAAUUCAUGCACGUAACUAACAUUUCCUAGCUAUUACUUAUGCCCAAGGCUGCGAGCGCUGGUCAAACGAUCAAUCCGGGUUUGAUGAAGCUGUUUCGGCCGCUCAAGCUGCCGAUGUCGCUGUUGUCGUUGUUGGAACAUGGUCAAGAGAUCAAAAUCAACUUUGGCAAGGGUUAAAUGCCACGACUGGAGAGCAUGUUGACGUGUCUUCCUUAAAUCUUGUCGGCGCCAUGCCCCACCUGGUCAAAGCUAUCAUCGAUACCGGAAAGCCUACCGUGGUCGUUUUCUCCUCCGGUAAACCCGUCACAGAAGCAUGGAUUUCCGAAAGCGCAUCUGCAUUAGUCCAACAAUUCUACCCCUCUGAAGAAGGAGGAAAUGCACUCGCUGAUGUCCUUUUCGGUGACGUAAACCCAAGUGGUAAAUUAUCCGUUGGCUUCCCCUACGACGUCGGCACCACCCCAAUUUACUACGACUACUUGAACUCCGGACGGCCAGUUGAUGCAGGUAAAGAGUUCCCCAACGGCACCCUAUCCUUUGGUCAUCAAUACGUCCUCAAUUCCCCUGUGCCCCUCUACGAGUUCGGCUAUGGAAAGUCUUACUCCACAUUCGAAUAUUCGAACGUUACUCUCUCGGCCAGAAAUGUUAGCGCUACUGAUACUAUUACUGCUACUCUAUCAGUCACCAACAACUCAACACGUGACGGCUCGGAAGUUGUGCAGCUGUAUAUCCAAGACGUGAUCAGCAGCGUCGUUGUUCCAAAUAUUCAACUCAAGGGUUUCCAGAAGGUGGCAAUCAAAGCAGGGGAAACAGGAAAGGUGAAUAUUGAUUUGAAGGUACAGGAUGUUGGUUUGUGGGAUAUUAAAAUGAAGUAUGUGGUUGAGCCCGGAGAUUUCGUCGUUCAUAUUGGAAGUUCGAGUGCGGAUUUCAGGACGAGUGCUACUUUUACUGUGGUUUAGAAAUUGUAAUCUUUUGUUUUUAGAUCUUAUAUAUUAUGAAUUUGAGUAUAGGAUUCGAUGUUAAUUAUUUUCGUU